AUGUGGCAACCCGCGUCGGAGCGACUGCAGCACUUUCAGACGAUGCUGAAGACCAAGCUAAAUGUGCUGACACUGAGGAAGGAGCCGUUGCCCACGGUGAUCUUUCACGAGCCCGAGGCCAUUGAGCUGUGCUCUACCACGCCACUGGCAAAGAGCAGGACCCAAGCUGGAUACAAGGUGACCUACCUGGGCAAGGUGACCAUCUCUGGAACCCAGUUCUUGUCUGGCUGCACAGAGUCGGCAGUGGUGGGUCUGAUGGAAAGCCGUGCCCUCAGCCAGCAAGGUACUGCCCUUUCAAGCCACUCUCUGCUCGAGAUCCGGCCUUUCCAGGUGCGCCUUCACCACCUGGACGAGCGUGGCGAGGCCUCCCUGACCAUGGACACCUACCAGAUGGACUGCCACGCUGUGGAGUGUGAAAGCAAGCUGGAGGCCAAAAAGCUGGCACACUCGAUGAUGGAGGCCUUCCGUAAGACUUUCCACAGCAUGCGUAGCGACGGUCGUAUCCACAAAAGUGGGUCGACGGAUGACUUUGCCGAGGACUCUUCCACGCCCGAUGACUCGACCCCAGACGAUGGUUGA